GCUCCUUUCCUGCGCCGUCCAGCGCUGGGCCGGGUAGUGCGACCUUUUGCUUUUCUACCCCGUACUCCUCGCAGGCUGCUCCGCAGGCUCCUCUGGACGGGACUCCCUCCGGCAGCAGCGCAGUUCCUCAGGAAGGCGACGACAAGGGGCCCCGAGGCCUGCGGGUGGAUGGCAAUGUGGCCGCUACGGGUCUACACCCGCAAGAAGAGGACCGGCCAGAGGCUCAACCUCACCCCGACGCCAGACCCCGGCCCGCCGGUGAUGGCAGAGGCACUCCCAGGUCCGAGCCGACGGCUCGCUGCCCACCGCCUGAAAGGACCCGGCAAAGCUCACGGGCUGCGGAAGAUCGCCGAGAACGCGGAGCGCAGUGGGCGGGGUGGUAGCAGCCCUGGGCUGCCCAGCUCUCAAGUAGGAGUUGCAGGAGAGAGAAGCCUGCGGGAAAGUAGCACUAGUGAAGAAGAGACUGAAGAUGAGAAGAUUGCUCCAUUGAGCGAUUCAGUGACUGAUGAUCUCCAGAUUGACAGAAGUUCAUCAACUGGUGAACUAGUAUCAGGACUAAGUUUGCAGCAUGAUAUUUCUAGCUCUCUUCUAAGCUAUUCAAUCACAGAUUCUUCUAUAGAAUGCAAGAGUUUUGAAGAGAAUUUAAGUAGCUUCCCAUCACCUGAACUCUUCAGAGGAUCAGAUUAUUUAGAUUGGGAAUGUCCCAAGUUGGAAGAAUACAUGCAAUGCAAGAAUUCUACUCUUCUGGAUACCAGUAAAGCAGUAGCAAUAGAGAAGGCACCACAGUUUUCAAACCUCUCUGCAAUUUUAGGUGAGUUUUUACAUUCUUUUUUCUCAUACCACAGGAGAAAACCUCAAUACUUGAUUAAGGUGGUAUCUGGUGGACCCUUCAGUCCCCAGGCCAAUGCUCUAUCCACUGAGUCAAACCAGCCAGAUAAUGCAGCUUGUGAAGUACUUGCUGAGAAAACUUACACUUUAACACCUGAAAAAACAAAGAAAAAACCUGGAAAAGAUCCUGAACCUAGAGACACAAAUUUUCAAACAAAGUUAAGCUCUCUUCUAAAAAUCAAGGUUCCAUCAUCUCAACAGAGGUCUGUUCUUGAAAGCCAUGCAGGUGGUAAAUCAGUUACCAGAGUUCUGCUGUCUCAGCCGCUGGAACCUGCAUUGAACACAAACCCCACUAUUCUUGAUAAGAAAAGCAGAGGCCUGUUAACAAGUACUCCGACUUCGCAAACAGCUGGUUUAGAGAUUGAUCUGUCCUCAGUACAAAAAUCAUCUUUGGACGAACUAUUUCCAAAUGUCAGCAGCUGUGUUAAUUCAGAUGAAAUUGUUCCUGUGUCAAGUUCCCAGGAAAAUUCUUCAAAUGAGGUUCCUUUAAAUACAUCAGAAAUAUGUUGUAUUAUUAGAGCAUCACCAGGCACUAGACAAGUGAAAAGUAAAGGUGUUAUUGUAAAGAAGAAGACAUAUUCUCUUCCUAAAGAUAUUCCUCAAGAGCCUGUCCUGAGCACUCCCUAA